GGAACCGGAAAUGCCUCAGAUAACAACUUCCACCCAUGUGUGCAGCCGAGUAGCAGCCUGGUCGCCUCAGCUCUUCUGUCCCAGAGUCCAGUUGGACUUCCCGACGUUAACAUCCCGAAGUAACGUGUCAAAGCUGAAACCGCGACAAGAUGGCGGAGGUGGUUCAGCAGCGGAUCGAGGAGCGGAUCCCGGAGCUCGAGCAGCUGGAGAGAGUGGGACUCUUCACCCAGAAGGAAGUCAGAUCCAUAAUCAAGAGGGUGACGGCCCUGGAAUACAAGCUCCACAGGUUGAUCAUAAAGAAAGAAGACUUCAUCGCUUACAUUCAGUAUGAAAUCAACAUUUUGGAGCUGGUGAAGAAGAGAAGAACGCACAUCCGAUACCAGUUCAAAAGAGAAGAGAUUGAGUUCCCCAUCAUCCACAGGAUAAACAGCAUCUUCAGAAGAGCAACAAAUAAGUGGAAGGAUGAUGUGCAGCUUUGGUUCUCACAUGUUGCUUUCUGCAAGAAAUGGGCCACUAAAAGCCAGAUCAGCAAAGUGUUCUCGUCCAUGCUCGCCAUCCACUCGGACAAACCAGCUCUGUGGAUCAUGGCCGCCAAGAGUGAGUUGGAGGAUAGAAAUUCUUCUGAAAGUGCCAGACACCUGUUUCUGAGGGCCCUGCGCUUCCACCCAGACAACAAGAAGGUUUACAAGGAGUACUUCCGCAUGGAGCUGCUGCACUGUGAGAAACUGAGGAGGCAGAAGAAGGAGCUGGAGCUGGCUGAGAUGGACCUGGGUGAAUAUGAGUUUUCUCCAGAAAUCCUGAGCGGUAAACUGGCUGAGGUCGUGUACAGUAAUGCUACAGGGAAAAUCAAAGAGGCAGAGUUUGUCAUCUCACUUCUGACCAUCGCAGCCAUCUUUGACUUCACCAAAGAGCUUCAGGACUCCAUCCUGCAAGACUUACAGACAAACUACACAGAGGAUAGCCUGACGUGGGAUUUCAUGGCCAAAAGGGAGCUGGAGGCUCCCGGGGCAGGGGAGGAGCUGACGUCUGCCAAAGGCCGAGCGUCAGAUAUCAACCGCAGAGAGGAGCGGUGCUGCCAGGUCUACGAGGAGGGCGUCAAGAGCCUUAUCACUGAGCCCAUGUGGACGUGCUACGCGACCUUCUGCUUGGAAAGGCAGAAACGAAAGACCAACGUCCAAGAGCUGAAGGAAAAGAGGCAGGAGAGGGCGCUGGGAGUUCUGCAGCGUGCCCACGACUCCUCACUGCUGAAGGAGGCUUAUUAUAAGAACUGGCUGCAGAUCCUGUUCUUAUCUGGAGAUGCUGAGGGAGCAGCCAGCGUCGCCAUGGCAGCUACAGAGCGCUACAGCCAGUCUGUGUCAACGUGGCGCCUGAGUCUGCAGACGCUCAUACAGCUUGGGAGCGGAGACAUAGCGAGGCUAUUCCAGGAUGCUCUCACUCGCGUAAAUCCCAAGGAGAGUUUACCACUGUGGCAGCUGUUGGUGCAGUGGAGCACAGCCAACCAGAGUCCUGAGGAAGCAGAGGCCGUCUUUAAGAGAGGUCUUGUGUCUGUAGUGGCAGCUGUUGCCAUGGAGAUGAAGGAGUCCUACCUCAAUUGGUCCUUCUCCACUGGAGGCUACAAGAAAGCGAGGAAGACCUUUACAAGCUUACAGGAAAACCGUCCCUUGUCCAAGACUUUUUUCACCAGGAUGAUUGAGAUCGAGAAGGAACAAGAGAAUCCAAAAAUGAACAGCCUGAGGGACUGCUACGAGAGGGCCCUGCAGGAGUUCGGCACAACAGACGACGACCUGUGGCUGCAGUACAUCCAGGUGGAGCUGGGACCCGGCGGGCAGCCAGAGAACUGCGGCAAGAUCCACUGGAGAGCCAUGAAGUUCCUGGAGGGCGAAAGUGUGGAGAGAUUCACUUCCAAACACACUCUCCUGCAGACUGGACACUUGUAACCACAUAUGUUAAGGUCCAUUUAUUCCAGAUUAAGGCCUUCGAGUUCAGAUUCCAACUACUCAUGUGUAGAAGUUUGUGAGCUGAAGAAGCAGCACCUAUUUUCAGACGGGGGUUGCUCUUCUUUUCUUCUCCGUGGACGACUGGUGUCAUGUCCGCUUAUGAUUUCCAACCCAGUGGCGCAGUUUCUGAAGUUUGCAGUCGAUUCUUCUUCAGUGGUUUUAGCAGAUUGUUUGAAGAAAUGUUCAGACAUGUGAUAGAAAAGCUUCUCAUGGUCACAACUUCAAUCAGAAGUGUUAUAUACUUUAGCUUUUCAUUUUUGUACACAACACUGUGUUGGAAACUUGAACUGUUGUAAGAGAGGUGCAGUUUAAUUGCAUUGAAUUCCACAUUUAUUUGACAUUUUGAGAAGACUGUUAAAAUGAAAAUAAAACUGUUUCAUCCUU